AUAUUUCCUUGGACCUUAAUCUCAAAACCCAUCAUCCUUUUAACCCAGUUCUGUUCUCCCAUAUCCAAUAAAAUAAACUUAGCUUCAGUUUUUACGUCUUUCUUCUAAUCGGGAAAGAGGAAAGUGGUUGAUUGUUAAAUAUUCAAUCAAAUAUAAGCAAAAACGUAUACAUAACGAAGCAGAGGAGAGGGGAAUAUCAAAAAAAAUUAAGGGGAUGUGCUUUGUAUUUGUUUGCGAUGAAGAUGAAAGAGUUCUACAAAGACAGGCAGCAGCAGGGGCUUGUCCUUACUGUGGAGGAAUGAUUCAAGCUGUGGAUUUGGAGAGCCAGUGGAGACUCUGCUUUGUUCCGCUUUCUUUCAAGAAAAAACGUAAAUAUUACUGCACCAUCUGCACUAGGCGUCUAGUUAUCCAAUAAUUAUUCUGAUUAUAUUUCUUGCUAUCAUUGUUUCAAUCUCUCAUCUCUGUAUAUAUUAUAUAAGUUGUAAGGAGAAAUCGUCCUGUAACUGUUACAACUUACAAGUAAUUGUUCUGAUCUUUUUAAGA